GCCCUCACUGUGACCUCACAAACAUGGCGGCGCCCGUGAGCAGAUACAGCUGGUUUGUUUCCGUGUCUAGGAAAGUGGGUAGUUGUCUAUUUAACUCAGUUUUCGUCGCCCAGGCAGCAACGUACGCGAACACAAUGGACUCACAGAGACCCACGAAGCUGGAGUUUGCGGUGCAGAUGUCAUGUGAGAGCUGUGCGGUGAAAAUCCGAGCUGCCCUGGAGGGUAGACCAGGAGUGCGGUCGGUCAACAUCGAUGUGGGUAAGGAGGAGGUGUUGGUGGAAACGGCUCUGACCAGCGCCGAGGUUCAGGCUCUGAUCGAGGGCACGGGGCGCAGAGCCGUGCUGAAAGGUAUCGGAGGAUCAGUGCGAGACCUGGGGUCAGCGGUGGCCAUGCUGGCCGGCGCGGGGAGCGCCGUGGGCGUCGUGCGUUUCCUGCAGCUGUCCGAGGAGCGCUGUUUGAUCGACGGGACGAUCGACGGGUUGGAGCCCGGACCCCACGGCCUUCAUGUCCACGCACUGGGAGACCUCACGCAGGACUGCCUCAGCUGUGGCGAGCACUAUAACCCCUUUGGAAAACAACACGGUGGCCCAGAGGACUCUGACAGGCAUGUAGGCGAUCUGGGAAACAUUGUUGCUGGCCCAGAUGGCAGAGCCUCCUUCAGACUAGAGGACAGUCAGCUGAAGGUGUGGGACGUGAUUGGCCGAUCGCUGGUUGUAGAUGCCGGGGAGGACGACCUGGGUCGAGGCGGUCACUCUCUCUCCAGACGGACUGGAAACUCCGGGGAAAGACUGGCCUGUGGGAUCAUCGCCCGAUCAGCAGCUCUCUUCCAAAACCCCAAACAGAUCUGCGCCUGCGACGGCGUCACGCUGUGGGAGGAGAGAGACCGGCCGAUUGCCGGGAAGGGUCGGAGCAAGAACAAUGCGGAGACGCCCGCGGCCAACCUCUGAGCCUACGGCGCAAAACGCCGAGCGUACACCUGUGGAGCCUUUGAAGAGAAAUACAGAGGAGCACUGAGAAACUCUCCCCGCCAAAGACAGAAUGGCCUUAUCUUCUUUUAAAUAUUCUUUGUGGUCAAAUCAAAUCCUGUUGCAGGAACCGCAUCAUGUCGUCUGAGGAUUUUUGAAAGCACUAAAAGAGAUUAAAACAGCCAGAGACUUUUAAAGAAGUCCCCUCCGAUUAGCCAGCUGUCUGUUCAGACGGUUAUAUAUUUUGUAUUUCAGUCGCCUCUGACACAGCUGCCUCAUUGCUUUCUAAUACGAUGAGCUUGUAACAUUUGAGGGGAUCCGUUUUUGGCCGCGGCGGCUGCGAUAAAUGCACUUCAAUUUGCUCUCAAAGUGUCUAAUCAAUUAUGCGAGCCUCUUUUAAAAAAAAAAAAAAGUAGUAGUAAAGAAAGGUAACACAGCUCACACUCUGCUCCCAUGAUCACAGUAGAAACUCAGAGAUUCCUUCCAGUGAGUCAGGAAGAAGUUAACCUCAAACGUACAUGUUGUGUUUAGAGAGGAAAAUGAACAAACACAGAAUAAACAAUGUAAUGUUUAUUAAUCAUAUUGUCCUAAAGGCUGGUAGCUUUUCAGCUGUGGUAGGUCUUAUCUUCAAUCUUCUUCAACAUUAGUUUUGUGAUUGAAUUGGGGACAGAAAUGUCUAAAAACACAGACAACAUAAAGGAUAAAAACUCAAAGCUUCAACCUUUCCAGCUGGCAUUAAUUGCAGUUUACUCGUGGAAAAUUCCAGUUCCAGUGUGCAGCCACGAGUCCCCCAUAGUGUCAUAUAUUUAAAGUUGCUCUUGUGUAUGUUUACUUGACCAAAAGGUUUGAUGUUUAGCGAGCGCUGUGAGUUUCAUUACGACUGAAAAAAAAAAAAAAAAAAACUUCCUCCACUGGUGUUUUCAUUGACAAUCCAUGAGGUGGUGUGAGUGACUCGAGUAAGAGACAUGAAGGAGAGGUGGGGUGGGGGGGGGUGGGGGGGGGGGGGGGGUGUCUUUAAGUAAUGUAUGCUCAGCUGUUUUUAUCCAACAUGGACUCUGAGUGUUCACUUCCUUCAUGGUGGCUGCGGCCAACUUUAGAGCAGAGUAUGAAGAACUCCCCUACAAGCACUUGUUGAUUUCUGUUAAUGUGUAUUUUUGUCGAUAUGGGGGACAGUGUGUGUGUGUGUGUGUGUGUGUGUGUGUGUGUGCAGCAGGAUUCACAUUGAUUUAUUGCACUAAUUGAGCGUCUGUCUUGUUCCCAGUCACGCCCCAACAUGCUUAUUGAAUUCCCCCCCCCCCCCCCCCCGAAUUGUUCUGGACACCUCCUUUUGCAUUUGUGUUUGCAAGGUUGUGAACACAACUUUAAUGCAUGUCUGCGACUGUCAGGAUUCUUCGUUUUAGUUCUUAUUUAGUUUGGACAAAAUCCUGAAUUUCUCUGAGUGAAAUCCAAAGGAAAACGAUUUAAAGCAGCUGUGAAGGCAACUUUAGGUGUGAAGCUGCAAGCAAGGAUUGUUUUAUUUUCACUUACAUUUUUCUUUUAUUGCUAGAAAUAGAGACACUUUGCCACGUCCAUUUUUUUUUUCUGUCAAAUCCAGAAAGUAUGAAUGGAAGCUGACGUGCUCACUCAAUGAAUGUUGGGUAAUGCUUUAGUAGGGACAAAUAACUGAAGAAAAAACAACAACAGUGGACCAGCUUACCUCCUUAAGUUGCUAAAAUAAAAGAUGUGAACUCAACUUAGAUGGAGAGCUGCAGCUGACGUUUGCUUAUUUAAUGAUUUUCAGAUGUGGAAAUGUUUUCUUAUCAGUUUUUUAAUCUACACAAUAUUUUAAAAAAAAGAAGCAAAAACCAGUCCUCAUUUCCCUCAGUGGGUUAAAUCGCAUUCAAAGAUGUUUUUUCUUUGUCUAAAAAGUAUUAAAUCGAUGAUGAUUUAAGAGCUGUGACUACAGAUGGUUGAUGUUAUUGCUCUUUCAGACGUAGAUUCAUUCAUUCUUUUCAUCAUUAUUAAGUCCUUAAAUUCUGUAAAAUCCCUUAUCUUGCCUGUCGCCCAAAGUAAUACAUUUGAAUAUGUAUUUUUAUUUCUUAAUCCAAACAUGAUUUAAUGUACUCAAAGCUGGAACCAUGAUUGUCCAGUGUUGCAACAUAAUGGAUUUUUUUUUUCUUUCCGAUGAUCUGUCCUUUUCUUCUUUUAAAUGUAUAAAUCUGACUGAAUGUACAAAACCUAUACAAGCAUUAAUUCUGCUAUAGAUCUGUCCUCUGUGAUAUAAAAGCAAAUGUGUUUUUUUUUUGUUUUUUUUUUCCCACAACACAUAAUCAUCUCUCUAAGUGUUUUUCUGUCUCUUUGGGGCAGAACUCUGCACCUUUUGAGGUAUAGCCUCGAACACUUCCACUGGUCUUUAAUCAAUUAAACAGUAAACAGGCUCUGA